AUGGACACUUGGAUGACACCACAGGCGCAGGAUUUUUCUCUUCUCUUAUUACAUUUGAAGAAACUGUCACCGGUUACUUCAAUGGGUUUGGAAUUGGCCGCAACAAUGUGUACCCCUGAAACUCCAACAACGCUUCACCCACUUCUCCAUCGGCAUCGAGUAGAUAAUGAGUGAAUGUUCAAUUUUGGGGUGAACUAUCCCUUUAUUUAAGGUCUGCGCUUUUAUUUUGAAGUGCGACCCCUCCCGUUUCCGUCCCGCUGCAGCUUGACGCAGUUGUUUUGGAAGCAGCACUGCGGGGAUCCUGCGGACGUCUCCUCGCGCUCGGUUCUCCUCGGUUCUCCUUCGACGGCUCCUCGUCCUCUCCGAGCUCCACCGAGCUCCUCACCCGAACCUCACGCACACGACGGCGCUCUCUCUCCGCCGCAGGGGGGGUGCAGCUGGUGCGGCUGGUGCGGCCACAGCAUCGGGAGCAGUCCGGAGGAGGAUGCCCUUGACUGGGGGGAGGAGCUGGUGGAGAAGGGGGGAGCACCACCAUGUAAUGCACGCAGCGAAGGGACAUCGUGACUGUGUCGUCCUCAUCGCGGGGGCCGUCGGGGAUGCGGUGCGGGCUCUCCGGGUUCGAGGAGCAGCGGCGUCCCGCUGAGAGAGGAGCGGCUGCCAGUCUGCAGGGAGCCGCGGCCCCGGGGCCCGGAGCGGUGUCACCUCCCCAUCGGAUACCGGCACAAGGCAAGUGUGCAUGAGGAGAUAAACAGACCCCAGAUCUGCCCUGCCUGCGCUGCAGAUAAACAGUCUGCUGCGCCUUCCCUGGGCCUCUCUGGGCACAACGGACUCCAUCUGCAGGAGAACCUAUUAAUAAUGAAUGGAACGGGCAGCAGCCCCUGAAUUGAAAAUGUGGCCUUGAAACCAGAUUAUUUUUCCUGAGCCCUGAAGCGAGGUGGUUUCCCCUGGACAUGAUGGCUGACCACGAAGAGGCAGGGCUGUCCGAGUCCCUGCAGAAGGAGGACGGGUUCUCCAGCGAACAGGAGGAACCAGGAUCAAACUUCAAAUCUAAAAGUAUGCCGAUUUUAAAUGACGCGGGGCCACACAAGGAGACCCUACUGGCUGGUUCUGGGCGGAUGUCCAUAACAGCGGAGGAGAGCGCGGAGUUCAUCCAGCUACCGGCCAAGACCGAGUCCCCAACGAGGACCAGCUACCUGCCCAAGUCCGGGAAGUCGGCGCUGAACAGGCCGAGCUCGUACAUGGAGAACACUGAGAUCAGAAGGAGUAAGACCAUGGCGAGGAGGAAGGCCCCGGGGUUUUUCGCCUCUAGGCUAGCCUCGGUUCGUCUGCCCAGUCGGAAGCACCUGAGCGUUAUCUGUCAGGACUCUCGCUGCUUCCUGUUCUGCAUGUGCUACCUGACCUUCAUCCAGUCCCUCAUGGUGUCGGGCUACCUCAGCAGUGUCAUCACCACCAUCGAGAAGAGAUACAGCCUGAGGAGCUCCGAGUCCGGCCUGCUCGUCAGCUGCUUCGACAUCGGGAGCCUCCUGGUGGUCGUCUUCAUCAGCUACUUUGGUGGGCGGGGCCAGAGGCCGCGCUGGCUGGCGGUAGGCGGAGUUUUCAUAGCCGUGGGCGCCGCCCUCUUCUCCUUGCCACACUUCAUCUCCCCGCCCUACCAGAUCAAGGAGGUCAACUCCUCGUUGGCCAAUGAGGGCCUGUGCAUGAACAGCAACGCCAGUGGCAGGGACCGCGUCGACAUCACUUCCUGUCCCAGAGACCAGGAGGGAAACGAGCACAACCUGUACGUGGCGCUGUUCGUCAUCGCUCAGAUCCUGGUGGGCAUGGGGUCCACGCCCAUCUACACGCUAGGACCCACCUACCUGGACGACAACGUCAAGAAGGAGAACGCCUCGUUGUAUCUAGCCAUCAUGUAUGUGAUGGGAGCACUGGGCCCAGCAGUGGGUUACCUGCUGGGAGGAGUCCUCAUCGGCUUCUAUGUGGACCCAGAGACCUCUGUCACCAUUGACCAGAGCGACCCGCGUUUCAUCGGCAACUGGUGGAGCGGCUUCCUGCUGUGUGCCGUGGCCAUGCUGCUGGUCAUCUUCCCCAUGUUCACCUUCCCCAAGAAGCUGCCCCCCCGACACAAGAAGAAGAAGAGGAGGAAAAAGCCGAGCAUGGACGACUUGUCCAGCGACGACGACGUCCUGAAGGAGAAGAGCAACAACAAGAGCCAGGCGGUCACCUCGUCCAUGGGCUUCGGCAGGGACAUCAGAGAUAUGCCCAAAGCGGCGGUGAGGAUCCUCAGCAACGUGACCUUCCUGUUCGUCAGCCUGUCGUACACGGCAGAGAGCGCCAUCGUCACGGCUUUCAUCACCUUCAUCCCCAAGUUCAUCGAGUCUCAGUUCGGCAUCCCGGCCUCCAGCGCCAGCAUCUACACCGGUUUGAUCAUCGUGCCGAGUGCCGGCGUCGGCAUCGUGCUGGGCGGCUACAUCAUCAAGAAGCUGAAGCUCGGAGCUCGUGAGUCGGCCAAGCUCGCCAUGAUCUGCAGCGGCGUGUCGCUCCUCUGCUUCUCCACGCUCUUCAUCGUGGGCUGUGACAGCAUCAACCUGGGAGGAAUCAACAUCCCCUACACCACCGGCCCGACUCUCACCAUGACCCAGAGGAACCUGACCGGGGGCUGUAACGUGAACUGCGGCUGUAAGAUCCACGAGUACGCUCCGGUCUGCGGCUCCGACGGCAUCACCUACUUUAACCCCUGCCUGGCCGGCUGCAGCAGCGUGGCCAACGACAGCACCGGGGUGCGUAACUACUCGGACUGCGCCUGCGUGCAGAGCCGACAGGUCAUCACGCCGUCCUCCAGCGGUCAGGGCAGCCACCAGCUGCAGCUCGUCAUCGUGAAGACCUACCUGAACGAGAACGGUCACGCCGUGUCGGGGAAGUGCGACCGCACCUGCAGCACCCUCAUCCCCUUCCUCAUCUUCCUCUUCAUCGUCACGCUCAUCACCGCCUGCGCCCAGCCCUCCGCCAUCAUCGUCACCCUCAGGUCUGUGGCGGAGCAGGAGAGGCCCUUCGCUCUGGGGAUGCAGUUCGUUCUCCUCAGGACUCUCGCCUACAUCCCGACUCCCAUUUACUUCGGCGCGGUCAUCGACACCACCUGCAUGCUGUGGCAGCAGGACUGUGGCGUGCACGGCUCCUGUCAGGAGUACGACGUCACCUCCCUGCGCUUCGUCUACUUCGGCCUCGCCGCCAGCCUCAAGUUCUUCGGCUUCUUCUUCAUCUUCCUCACCUGGUACUCCCUCAAGUAUAAGGAGGAGCGGGUGGAGCGGUGGGUGAAGCGUCACCUCUCGCCCACCGACACUGUGGGCAGCCUGGUGUGCCACCCGGGCGGCCACAAGGGCCACGCCCGCACCCGCUCCUGCCCCGUCAACAUCCCGCGAAGCGACCCCAGCGCGCUGCCGGCUCACGCCCCCCCCCGCGCCGGCGCCCUCAACCGGGGGGUCAGCACUCAGAGCUGCCCCGGCAACGAGCUGAAAGCAGUAACCCCUCCCCUGCCUGCUGCACCAUCAACACCAUCAGCAACACCCACGCCGGCCCGGUCACUGGAACACGUCUCAGACAGAGUCUGAGUUUCGGGGGGGGGGGGGG